GGUACUCACACAUGGAAGCACACGAGUACCAACUGAGGAUAGCGACCCACCAAGAGAUACCAUGGCGUCAGCGACGUUCACCUACAUCCCGGGCAGAGCUGGCUGUGGGCGGUGGCAAGAAGGGCCUGCAGGAGAGCUCUCUCGAGCUGCUCGCCAGCAUUCCCGAGGAGUCUUCGCUGUCACACUCGUCCGGUCACCUGCAGCGUUCCAUGCGUCAACCGUUGCUGUGCGCGCUCGUAUCACUCCUGCUUUUGGCCACGGUUCUGGCCAGCUGCGCCGUGCUGGUGUACGUCGAGGUCUACUACCGGUGGUCCUUUCCGCUGCGCGUCGACUGCAACCUCGACCCCGCCGGUGGAGCGGUUGAUUACGGCCAGUGCUUGCGAAGAGGUUGCAAGUACGUGUCAACGGACAGCGUGAUACCGACGUGCUUCUUCCCCGAAGGCUACGGCUACCUCAAGGAGAGCGAAUGAACGCCACGUGAACGGGACCGGAUUCACGGCGCAUCUGAGGAGACCAGACUUACCGCCG